UUGGGCGGAUCUGGGAGCUGAUUCUCGGGUCAGCUCCUGGAGUACGGACCCCUUGAAGCAGUUAGGGUGCCAUGACAUCAGAGCGACAGCAUGAGGUUUCCCGCCUGGCAAAGUAGCCACAUGUACCUUGUGUAUACACAGUAGCGAAAGCAAAAGAGGGCAUAAAAAUUCAAUUGGAGCAACCAACAGAAAGGAGAUACGCAAGGCUGAUGAACGAGGUGAUGGUGGCUCUGGUGUGGGUGAGCGAGACGAGAUACUGGCAUUAGCUUUGGGCGAUGAAAAUAGGUGAACGCGGGGAAAGAGAAAAGUACUGGGCGGAGCGAAAAAGCGAAUUGUUAAGACGGCAACUAAGGCAUAGCAUGUCUAUAGAGGCUGCUUCAGCCUAAGCAUAAGUAUAGGGAUAUCAGCAUCAUACCAAAUAUUGGUAACAAAUCGGUUCGCUCAAGCAUGCCUGAAUCCUACCUCGUCAUUGGAGGGAGCGGUUUUCUCGGACGGUACAUUGUUGAGGCAUUGCUUGCUAGGGGUGACAAAAAUGUUGCUGUCUUUGACGUGGUCCAACGGCACUUUGAUGUCACAUUUUACAAUGGUGAUUUGGCCAACGAAGUCGAGGUUGGAAAUGCCAUCCGAAAGAGCGCAGCUACGUGCAUAUUCCAUACUGCAACACCAUCGCCAACUGCAAUUAACCAAAACCAAGACAUCUUUUACAAAGUGAACGUUCUUGGGACGAGGACUAUCAUUGCUGCAGCUGCUGCACACGGAGUACCAAAACUGGUCUAUACCAGUAGUGCAGGGAACGUUUACAAUAUGACUGAUUUAAUUGGCGUGGACGAACGAUUGCCUAUUCCGGAACAGCAACUUGACGCAUAUAACAAGUCUAAAGCUCAGGCUGAGGCUCUAGUCCUUGAAGCUAAUGGGAAGGAGGGCCUGCAUACUGUCGCUUUACGCCCUGCUGGCAUAUUCGGACCCGGGGACCGUACUGCGCUCCCGGGUAUAGUAUCCGUCAUUAAAAACAACCAGACCCGUAUCCAAAUCGGUAAUAACAACAAUCUCUUCGACUGGACUUACGUCGGCAACGUCGUCAAAGCUCACCUCCUCGCCGCCGACAAGCUUCUUGAUCCUCCACUUGACACAACUACUGUACUCCAGAAUUACCCGCCAUCCAUCACACUAACUACAGGAAAAUACACCGUCCCAACCUCCUUCUCCCGUCCACCAGGUCCAAUCGUCGGUGAACUCACUCCCGAGCUUGAACAAGCCUACUGGGCAUUCAAAGAAGGUCGCCAACCCAAAACGCUCACCCGUUCCAAAUUCGACCCUCUCACACCCGAAGCACUCGACAUCGAGCCAACCUACCCACUUCAAGUUGCAGGCCAAACAUUCUUCAUCACGAAUGGUGAACCCAUGUAUUUUUGGGAUUUCCUGAGGGCAAUGUGGAAAGCGUUGGGACAUGAAAAUCCAACAUCGAGAAUCGUGAUUCCUAGCUCGUUUGGAUUGAUACUUGGUACGAUGAGCGAAUGGUUCAGCCGGCUUCUGGGUCGCGAACCGGGAUUCACCCGUGGGAGGGUGUAUUAUUGUAACACCCAUCGGUGGUUUAACAUUGAGAAGGCAAGAAGGGUGCUAGGUUACGAACCUGAUGUGGGUAUCGAGGAAGGUAUCAAAAGAACUGCGGCGUGGUGGAAAGAAGAACAGGUCAAGGCGGACAAUUCCGUUCACUGAUUUUCAUCACAGCUUUACUCGGCGUUACCAUUCAGGAUCCGAG